CAGAGGAACAAGAGCAGUAGAAAGCGGAUUCUUCCCUCUCCUCCUUCGAUUUCGUCACCAAUUCCACACACGCUAUCUUCUCUUGCCUAAACACCACCUCCACCACUCCAUGGCUUCUCUGUGGCGGGCCGCCACCACGGCCCUUACCCAAAUCCAAACGAACCAAACCAAUUACAACGGAGUGGAGUUCUGGUUGAGCCCUGAGCGAACUGGCUGGCUAAUGAAGCAGGGCGAGUACAUCAAAACCUGGAGACGCCGUUGGUUCGUUCUCAAACAAGGCAAGCUAUUCUGGUUCAAGGACUCCAUAGUCACUCGCGAGUCGAAGCCACGCGGCGUCAUCCCAGUGGCCACGUGCCUUACAGUGAAAGGAGCUGAAGACGUUCUCAACAAACAAUACGCUUUUGAGCUUUCGACGAGGACGGAUACUAUGUAUUUCAUCGCCGAUUCGGAGAAGGAGAAAGAGGACUGGAUCAACUCGAUCGGACGGUCUAUAGUGCAGCACUCGAGAUCCGUGACGGAUUCAGAGAUAGUUGAUUAUGAUAACAAGCGAUGAUGAUAGUCUCUAGGUGUCUCCGUGGAGCAUCAAAGUACAGAGACCAAGCACUGUUGCUUUCUGUGUGCUGUGUUUUCUUCAGGCUCUAGUUGUGGAUCCAUGAUAUCCUUGACCAUUUCAGGCAAGUGCCAUUCUAGUUAAGAUGCGGAGGUUCAGAUCCUCCUGAUACAUGCCAUAAAGCAUCCCAAAACUUUAUGCAUCUCCUUGAAUAGACACCCCUGCACCUAUGACAUUUUCUGCAUCAACAUUUAGAAUGAAUUUGUCAAAUAAUAUGCUGCUAUAAGGAAUGUAUGCUACUCAAUGGAAUUCAAUGAAACUUGCAAAGUUUUUCACCUAAAGGAGCACCGUAUCCAAUAAAGUUCUUUAUAAUGGCCGAGCUA